AUGAUUGCGCCAGCUGUAGGAUAUAUUAUUGAAGGGUCAUCCAUAAAUGAACCCGCCCAAGUAUAUGAUUGCAAUGUUCCAAAUUUAUUGGAUGAUGUAUUUGAUUUAUCAGAUAAUGAUUCAAUUUAUUAUAGAGAUAACUUUUUAAAUUGUGCACACUAUAACUUUCUUUCAUUACCAUCAGCAUCACCAAAUGGUCCAGUUGGUAUUUCAAUUGUAUUAGAUAAAGAUUCAAAAAACUAUUUAGCAUUAGUUAGAACUCAAGCUGGUAAUGAAAGAGUUAAAAUACCAGUUGAUAAUAUAAAAGCAUCAUGGUGGAGAAGAAUAUUUAGAACAGGACCAUCACCAUACGAUAUAUUGAAAGCAUUAGGUAAUAAUUAUGGAGGAUUAAAAUUGAUAACAGAUCCAAGAAUAUCACAAGCUUUAAUGAAUCUUGAAGAGAAACAAACAAUUAAAGGAUUUAAAUUUGGAAUAUUGUACGCUCAAGAAGGACAAAACAAAGAGGAUGAAAUGUUUUCAAACGUUCAAACUAGUCCAGAGUUUGAAGAGUUUUUGGAUUUUAUUGGUGAUCGUGUUCCAUUGGAGGGUUGGACACACUUUAGAGCGGGAUUGGACGUUAGAACUGGUACAACCGGUUCACAUUCAAUCUAUCAGCGUUGGAACAACAAUGAGGUGAUGUAUCAUGUCUCUUGCAUGCUACCAUUCAAUGAAAAGGAUAAACAACAAUUGGAGAGAAAACGUCACAUCGGUAACGAUAUUGUGGUCAUCGUUUUCCAAGACGGUGAUACCGUCUACAGACCAACCACAAUUAGUUCUCGUCAAGUUCAUGUUGUAUUAUUGGUUAAGGCGGUCAAAUUGGAUUCCGAUCCAAAUCAACGUUACUAUAAAAUGGCUGUGGUUUCAAAGGAUAAUGUUCCUCAAUUCGGUCCACCAAUGCCCGCAAAUGGACUCUUCAAAAAGGAUCAAGCCUUUAAGGAUUUCUUUUAUGCAAAGUUAUUAAACGCCGAAAAAGCCUCUUACACCGCCCCAAUUUUAGGUGUUAAAUUAUCACGUACAAGAGUUGCUUUAUUAAAAGAUGUUUCUGAAGCUUUUGUUAAAUAA